CAGCGUCAGCUCCUUCUCUGUUGGGGUCCUGACUCAGGUCCUCAGGAAAGACUUCACUGGAUCUACGCUCAAGAGGACUCUCCCAGGUCUUCUGACCCCGCUACGUCAUUGGAAAGUGCCAAGACCUUAAGACUUGGUGACUGUAUAUAUGCCUUGUUUCCUGGGUCCACGGGAAGCAUGAGUCUGUUGGGACCUGGGAGAAGACGAAAACAAGACAUCUUCACAAGGAAAACCAGACACUAACAAAAAGUAUCCCAAACUCUGAAGAGGCAGAAGACAAACAUGGCGGAGAGAGGACUUGGGGAUCCGCCAGAGGACUCUCAAAAGGAUUUGGAAAAUGAACCAUCAAUAAACUCUCAGGCACAGGAGACCAUAGUCACAGCAAGUGCCACCAAAGAAGCUCAGACCCUGAGCCCUCCAGCUGGCCUCAACAAAGACCCCCAAGAGGUAGAAACAAUAGGUUCAGGACGCACCAGUACAGCUGAUCUAUCAGAAAGUCCCAGCGAAACAAAUUGUGAAAAAUACCCAAAGGAUAAAACAGAACAUGAGACUAGCCAGAAUUUUCAGGAUGGCGAACAAGAGCAUCAGCUCUCUUCAGAAAGUCUGGGUGAAGAAUCCUUGCGUCCAGAGCCCAGCGGUUCUCCAGGUGACCAGGCAGGAAGAGCAGAUGCACCGACAGGGAGCAGCUCCUUGGACCUCCCUGAGGAAGCGAGCAGCAGGCCUGGAGCUGCCCAGGAGCCACCUGCCAUAGACUCCCUGGGGGCCCAGAGUCCUGGUCCCUCCAGUGCAGGACUGGAGAGCCAGGGGACACUGAGGAGGCGACUGGUGGAGCCAGAAGCUGAAAGUCAUCAACAAGAAACACGAACAUUGGAAGAAGACAAUGAGGAUGCACAGGAAGCCAUCAGAAACAUCAAUAACAGGGAUUUUUGGAGCUAUGGCUCCAUCAUUUUUGGUUUCCUGGUUGUUGUGGCUCUUGUUUUGAGCUCCGCUCAUAGCUAUUUCUCACCAGCCCAACAAGUGUCCCCGAAUCCAGCUCUGGAGGCCUUCCUGGCUCAGUUCAGCCAGUUGAAGGAGGCGUUCCCAGGCCAGAGCCCUUUCCUGUGGCAGAGGGGACGUAAGUUUCUCCAGAAGCACCUCAACGCUUCAAACCCCACCGAGCCGGCCACCAUCAUAUUCACAGCGGCUCGAGAGGGGAGGGAGACUCUCAAGUGCCUCAGCCACCGUGUCGCUGACGCCUACACCUCCUCCCAGAAGGUCUCAGCCAUUCAGAUCGAUGGGGCUGGGCGAACCUUGCAGGACAGCGACACGGUCAAGCUGUUGGUUGACAUGGCCCUGAGCUCAGGAUUUGAGAACGGCCAGAAGGCCGCUGUGGUGCACCGCUUCGAGUCCCUUCCCGCAGGCUCCACCUUGAUCUUCUACAAGUACUGUGACCACGAGAAUGCCGCCUUCAAAGACGUGGCCCUGGUCCUGACCGUCCUCCUAGAGGAGGAGACGUUGGAGGCAAGCGUCGGCCCCAGGGAGACGGAAGAAAAGGUGAGAGAUCUGCUCUGGGCCCGGUUCACCAGCUCGAACGCGCCCCACUCCUUCAACCACAUGGACUCGGACAAGCUGAGUGGGCUGUGGAGCCGCAUCUCCCACCUGGUGCUGCCUGUCCAGCCCGUGCGGCUCAUCGAGGAGCAGGGCUGCCGGCUGUAGGUGGCGGCGCGGGCCGCAGGGGCUGUGCGUUCAUUAAAGUCGGCUUGAAAGCCUUCCGAGUCCAUGCAGGGCAGUUGCUGAAUGUGCGGAAAUCGCCUGAGAUGCACAAGGGAGCUGCUUUUGGGGGAAAAGACCUUCUAUUUUUCACUUCUUGUAAAAUGUUUCUAACCUAAGCUUGACAAAGCUAAAAGCUGACCUGACUUUGUUUUCUUGUCUUUCAAGCAAAUAGGGUUGGAAAUGUAACAUGGUAUAUAUAACUGACUUUUUUUAAAUCUAAAAAUAGAGCAGCAGAAUUAUUGCACAGGAAAAUAAUCUCAGAGUAACUACAGAGUGAUUUUUGUAUCAUAUAGGAAAUAUUUCAAAAACUCAUUUUAAUAGUCUAGCUGUGGGAUUACAGUUUAUACUAAUUUGCACUUUUGAAUAGUAUGAAAAAAGGAAAUUUGUAUUCAAAUACCUAAAGAGUUUAUGUAAGUCACUAUGCUAUUUUUCUGUUAAUGAGCUGAGAUAAAAGCAGCUGUACUCAAAAAAAUGUUUUUUAAAAUUGGAAACAAUGGGGGAAUUGUUUACACUCAUAGGGAAUGAAGACAUUCUAAGUGGCUGUACCUUUACCUCAGCUCUUCUGAAUUAUCUCGAGCACUGAUUUUCACGCUGUGUCUACUGUGCCCCCCGACCCCCUACCCCCACCCUGUAUUGGAACAGUUCUGCUUUGGCUGUUUCAUAGGGAUUCUUCAUAAGAUUCAGUUGGAACAGAGAGCCCCACUGCUGAUGGGGUUCGAAAAUCACUGAUGGAGCAAGAAACCAUCUUAGAAGACAGGAAAUGGGUAGAAAAAAAUGAAUGUAUUAAAAGUCAUGAGUAGGAAGAGAACAAAGUAUAGGUUUAUUGUACAGACAUGCUUUUUAUGUAAGUUAAAGACCUACAGAUGAACAGCAGAACAUUUAAAGUAGUAUUUACUAGCAUAUUUCUGAUGCUUUUGUUAAUUUUUGUUAAUCACCAUUUCUCUCUCCCCUGAAUAGAAUUUUAUAAUUGUCUAGGACGAGAGUGUGAGUGUCCUUUAAGAAGAAAAAAUUUUAAUAACCAACUGAGUAAUAAAAUUUACAUAGGUACAUUACCUAACUUUACCAUGUUUAGUUGUUAAACAGUAAUAGAACAUUAUAUAAUGCACCUCAUUUCUUUAUCUGCCAGUUAGAAGUACCAUUAGGUUAGCAAUUAGAGAAAUGCAAGAGAUGUAUACUUAGUGAGAGGAAGCAAAAAUGGUAGAUAAUUUCUAAGAGGUUCUAAUGGUCAAUAUGAAUUGUCAGACCAUGUUCUGUGAUUGUUAGAAAGAUCGAGACAGUGUUUAUGAAGACAGCAGGAUUUUUUGUUUGUUUAAAUUUGAGCUCUGAAAGCAGAACUCUGGUAAGUGAUCUUGACCUAAUGAAGGGCCUGUCCCAUUACAUGGCCGUCCUAGGAACUAUCACCACCUUCCUGGAGUGUCUCAACUAGGUUUUGGCCCGUCUGCUGGCAGGAGAGCAGAGAAGUCAUCGGAUUAAAGCAUGGAAGGAGUUCUGGAAACAGAAGAUAUAGAUAUCUAUCUAUUUGGAAAUAUCUGUCACAGGAAAAACAGAUAAAUCUAUUCUAACUCAGGUAGAGGCAUACCUAAAGGGUUGAUUUUCAUUUGGGAUUUUAGGAAGGAACCUUCUAACAGAGUCGAGGAAAAGCCCACCUGAAUAAAAAGUCAAAGCAUAGUGAAUAUAAUAUCGAUCCAAUAUACACUCAGAGGAAAUAAAUUGAAGAAAGAUCUAUAUACCAUAUUCGAAUUUUUUCCUGUACAUUCUAGGUCUCAGAUGCUAGCAUUACAUCACACAAACCGAUGGUGCCUUGUAGAACUGUUCCGUGGGCCGGCUGACCUGGGCUGCCUCGGAUCUCAAAAGAGCCAGUGUGACCUGUGUGUGUCUAAUGUCAGUGACUCAGAUCAGAGCUGAAACAAAGACUCUUGUUUCUUCAUUCAGUUGAAUAUGGUUUUCCAUUAUUUCCUUUCGAUAUAAUUUAGAAAAGGAAAUUUCAAAAAAUCCUAACUUUUACUGGUCAGCCUUUGUUAAAAAAUACUUUUCCUUCCAUGCAUAAGUGUAAUCAUCUGAAACUAUUGUCAGUUUUCUGUUCACUGCUUCAGAGAUCAUUUUAAAAAGAAGCAGUAUAUUAGCUCUGGGUCUUCUUAUGAAAAAAAUUAUUUUUAAAGCAUAAAACUUUAUAUUUUUUAAAGGAACAAAUAAAAUUUAUUAUCUAAUAGACUCUUAGGUUAAUUUCUACUUGAUUGUUUCUAUUUUCCUCCAUUUUUCAGGUUUCCAGAUUUUCUUUUGUAUGUUCAGUAGUUCAUCUUUCAUUCCUACAAUAGAUAUUUUGUUUUAUUUGACUUAGAACAAGAACUUGUGGGCAUAUGAACAUACAUGAUACCCAAACACCACCAUUUAAUUAUUAUCACAGAACAACUCUCAUUACAUCAUAUAUUAACAUAAAACUUUCUGACUGAUAACAGCAUCCUAGAAGCAACUGGUGGAAUCAGAAAUUGUGUCUGGACUUGAGUUUUCCCCCCUGUGGUAUAAAUUUUAGGUUCCCCAGUAAGUUUCUAAGGGUUGGCAGAGAAGUUCCAGGGGAUUCCUAUCCCUAGGGGUAGUAAUGAUAGAGUUUCUAUUUUUUAAAUCAAUAAAAUAAUUUAAAUGAGUUUCAUUUGAAAGCCUCUCAGUUUACGGUGGUAAGGCCCAGCAUACCUAUGACCCCCACCCCACCCAGCUAAGGGACCCCCUUGAACAGUGGUGGUGCUGAGGUGGUUUUGACCUUUUCACAGUUUUUAAUUGUUUGAAUUAUACUUCUAUCUGUUAAAGAGAGGUGGCAUAAUGAGCACUGACAUUAGAAAAUAACAAGUAUAACACAUGAAAGUGAUAAUUCAGCAACAUGAUCUUCGCCAGGACUGUAUUAGCAUAUCUCUGAUCAAAAUUGUUUCCCAGCAUAUACAGGUGUCUAGUACUUCAAAAACUAAUGUUAAAUAGGAAAUGUGAUUAUAUCUAAUUAGGGUUAUCAUUCAACGAGAAUAACUUUAUAUCCAUGUAGCUUAUUUGUAAAGAAGUACUUUCAAAAAGCAACAUGAAAACUUUGUAUCAUUUGAAAAUAAAACAUAAACCAGUACAUAUUUGUAAAGUGCUCAAUAAAUUAUUUCAUAAAAGCAGUUUUUAUAUCUGUUUAAGUCAAAUAUAUAGUUAAUACCAGUAUUCAUUUUAAUAUUUUGUUUGCCAAUCUGAGCACAAUGUAUUUCAUUUUUAAAUUUGUUGAACAGUCAUAGUGGUUUUGUCUUGGUUAUUUUUUUCAAAAUUAAAGUACCUUCAACACUGUGUAUCACUGUUGAUACUUUAUAUAUGAAUUUUGAGUAUUAUUGAUUACAAAUCUCUUAAUCACAAUCCAAGGAAAUACAAAAUGAUUACAUUUUUUUCUAAAGGCUUUUAUGAGCUGAUCAUAUCCUGAGCCUUAAGGGUCACACACUUGUGAAUAAUAAUAAAUUUGCAGAGAAGAUGUUACCAAGCCUAGAGAGAAGUAAAUUAAGAUAUCUACGUAAAACAGUUUCUCCAGAGGACUUUAAAAUACGCCUUUUUCCUAUUGAUUCACAGUUUAGGUUCUAGGUUGUGGUCUAAAUCUGCCUUACGGGGACUGAGACUGGACUCAUUAACACUCAUUUCCAACUAAUAAGCUACGGCAUGGCUUCUCUACCUGGUUUUAAAAAUAUGUACAUAGACUAAGAAAGAGCACUGGCCUUGCCCAAACAGCCGGAGAACACAAGCAGCAUCCGCUAGUCUGCAGAUAAAUCUGUAAAGCUGAAUAAUGGAGUCCUUAGUGCCUUCCCUUCUAUUACCUGUGGUAUCUAUUUCAGCUUAGUUUGAUGUCUUUAAAAAUCCAGAGAGUGGCUCCUGUAUUGGGAAAUGAUCUCCCACGUUUCCUCACUGGGGCUCAUAAAUGAAAUCUGCCCUUGGCUCAGAGCACUUACCUGAAUUUAAAAGAAGCUUUGGACUCGGGAAGCAACCGGCUGGGGAACGCGGUGGCAGGGCGGCAGCGCAGGAUGUUAGGCUGCCCCUCGCCCCAACCUCAUCAACACAAAGCUACCGGCAGCUGCUCCCAGUCGAUCAGAUUUCCUGAGAUGGAAACCUAUUUGCCAUCUCAGCCAUCAGAGAAAGAAGCAGCACCUUGACUUUCAAACACAAUUGCAUUUUUUUCUUCUAUUUAGCAAAACCCCGUGGGCUUUGCCAGUAUUCAGGUCGCCGUUCUUGACAUUCCCGGUCAUUCCAACUGUGAUUGCUUUUGCAUUUGCUGCAUGUUGAAGGAUGUGCCUUAUUCAAAUCAAUCGUCUGGUUUUACCAAAAAUAAAUCUUAA